GAUGACUUCUGUCCUAAAGAAUGGGUAUGAGAAGCCGGGUGGUGGUGCACGCCUUUAAUCCCAGCACUCAGGAAGCAGGUGAAUCUCUGAGUUUGAGGCCAGCCUGAUCUACAAACCAAUUUCCAGGACAUUCAAGGCUACACAGAGAAACCUAGUCUCAAAAACAAACAAGAAUAGGUAAUGAGAUGCUAACACACGUAUAUGCCAGGCAAGGAAUGUUAACUCAGCAUUCAAACAUAAGGCUAUGAUGGGAAAUCAAUUCUGAUCCUAAGCCAGGUACCACUCCCAGCAGAAGUCCUGAAACCAUCACCCAAACCAGCAGUAAGUAACAAUAAUAGCUACCAUCUACCACUUGCUGCUUUAGCAGUCCUUUACACUGGAUUUCAGGUAAGCAAUAUGGCAGAGGAGACAGACUUAUCCACUUGCUAAAGAGAAAGUCAGGAUUAGAGUUCUAGCCCACCUUACCCCAAACUUAUCCACUGCAGAACCAGAGGUGGGGGUGGGGUGGGGGGUUGAUGAGUGGGUGUUGUUAUUCCUCUGCCACAGUGUAUGUUCACACCAAACCUUUACUUACCAGUUACCUCAGGAGACCUGCAGAGCUCCCAUCUAUCCUUUUACUGUUCAUAAGCCAAACCUGUUGUUUUGUCAUGUUAAGGGGUGGAACUGAAGUAAGGAGAUGCUAGUACCUGCCCACAUAGCCUCCCAAGUCACUCCAUAGAACCCAAGCCCUCUGGAAAUUGCAUGAAAACCAGUUUCCUUUCUUUCAUAAUAUGUGUGAGAAAAGGGCUGGAAAGAAGCUUUCUUGUGCUUCUCAGCUCAUAGAGAAUGGAAGUCUGUCAGCCUAAGGACAAGCCUGGCUUCCUAUGCUGCUUGCUGCUCUCAACAGAGUGAGAUGAUAUGACACAGUGUCACACGGCAGCCAGGGACCUCUUUGUAGCUUAGGCUAGUUGAGAUGGUAUGGGGCUACAGUAAGUGAAAUUGUGACCCUAAGAGUUUAAGAUGAUAGGAAAGAUAGCUCUAUGUGGCUGAGAGCAAAACAAUCUCUGGUGUCCACACCGGAGGUAAGUCAAUGGAACACAUUCACAGUACUACACUAGGGAAAGUUCCAAGAAUGAUGAUAGUCAGGCAUGGUGGGCACACUUGUAAUGCCAGCACUUGGGAAGCUGAGGCAGGAGAACUGUCAAAAAUUCAAAGCCAGCCUUGUCUGAGUUCCAGGGCAGGCAGAGCUAAAUACUGCAAUCCUGUCUCAAACACCCAGCUAUUACACCUUACCUGGCUGGCCUGGAGCUGGAUAGAUACAUAGCUAAGGAUGGCUUUGAACUCAGCCUCCUGCCUCUACCUGAUGACUACUAGUAUUAAAGGUGUGUAAACCAUGCCCAGAUUAAGGUUUGUUCUUGAAGCCAAGCAGCCUUGACAAAGGCCAAAGGAAUCUAUUGUGGUUUCACUGUGUGAGAAAGCCUAACAUUCUUUAAAACAGUGGUUCUCAAGCCUCCUAAUGCUACCACCCUUUAAUACAGUUCCCAAAGUAGUCACAACCCACAACUUGAGAACCACUGCUUUAAAGGAAUAUAACAAAAUGCAGAACAACUCAAACACCAGAAUAUCCUGCUUACAGAUCAAAACUAAAGGUGUGCAAAAAGGAGGACAAUAUGGUUCAACCAAAAGUGGAAAAGAUACAUGGCUGGGGUCUUGGCUCAGUGGUAAAAUGCUUACCCAGAAUUUGUGAGGACUUGGGUUCCAUACUCAGAUAAAGGAGGAAAGGAGGCAGAAUGAAGAGUGUAUGUAAGGCAGGAGACGGUGAGUUCCAGGCUAGCCUAGACUACAUAGCAACACCAUUCAAAAAAAUAAAAAAAAAAGUUAGACCAUGGAAGUAGCAGCUAAGAACUUUAAAAGCAGCUGUUACGUUUUCAAGAAUGUAAAGGAAAAUGAACAUGAGAGAAAUACCUAAAAACUCGGUAAGUGGAAUUUCUAGAAUAUACUCUAGUUGGAAGUACUCAGAUUAGAUAACACAGUUAGAAAGAUAUGUGAAUUUUAACACUUACCAGAAGGAACCAAAUAAUUACCAGAAAAGGAGACUGAGAAAUUGAACCAAUAAUGUGAUCUGUGGGGCAAUACCAUAUAGUCUAGCCUGUGUGUAGUUGGGAGUCCUGAGGGAAGAGGGCAAAAAAAGGAAAAGUACAGGGAGAAGAAAUAUGAAGAGACAGCCAAAUAUUUUUCCACAAUUAAAAUUAAAACCCUUGCCGGGCAUAGUGGCACACUGCUUUUAACCCCAGUACUUGGGAGGCAGAGGCAGGUGGAUCUCUGCGCACUACAGGCCAGCCUGGUCUACAAAGUGAGUUCCAGGACAGCCAGGUCUGUUACAUACAAAAAGAAACCCUGACUCAAUCCCUGCCCCAAAUAUAAUUUAAUUAAAGCCCUAAUCCUCCACAACCAUUGGGCACAUUAAGGGUGUUACAGCAGCAGUCAGAGACAUACAUGCUAUAGUCACAAGAACACAUAAAGGAAUAGCAGCCAAUUUGUCAUCAGAAAUCAAACAAAACAUCUCUGAUGAAAGAAAACUCAGAACUCCACACCUGCUAAAAUAAAGAUGUCUUUAUAAAAUAAAGAUCUAUUAGCUUUCUGUUACUAUGACAAAAUGCCUUAGCUCAAAAUUUCGGGAUUUUUGGUACAUGGUUCGUUGGGUCUGUUCCUUUGGCCUGUGGUUUACCUACAUCAUGGUGGGAAUUUAAGGCAAAGGAAGAAGCCUGUUCACCUCAUGACAGGGAGAAGCAAGAAGAGAAAGGGACCGGGACCCCAGUAUCCUCUUCAUGGGCAUAUCUCCUCACUACCUUAAUCUUCCAUUAUAUCACACCUCUCACCAGCACACAGGUUGGCAAAAGCAGCCUUUACCAAACAUUCAAGAUCUGAACAAGAUGUUUGGUAUGGUAGCAUGUACUUGUAAUUCCAGCACUCAGGAGAUAGAGGCAGGACCAAGCAUCCAGUGCCAGUCUCAGCUACAUAGCAAGUUCAAGUUCAGUGAGAUACUGUCUUAAUAACAAGCAAAGGCUAGAAAGAACCCACACAAUAAAAUGGGAGAGAUGAAGACAGGAUUAUCCUGAGGUCAUGCUAGGCAGCCAGUUUAGCCAAACAGGCAAGCUACAGGUUCAGUGAGAGACCUUGUGUCAAAAAGUAAGGUGGAGGGAUAAGAAGAGACCUCAGUGGUUAAAAGCACACAUUGCUCUUACAGAGGAUCAGAGUUCUCUUAUCAGCACCAAUAUCAGGUGGCUUAUAACUCCUGUAAUCCUAGCACCAGGGGAUCAACACCCACUUAUGACCUCUACAAGUACCUGCACACAUGUACACAAACCCACACACAUACAUUAUAAAAGAAAAUUGGGGUGGAGGUAAAUAAAUGCGGGAAGCACCUGAUGCCAGUCUCUUGCCUGUAUACAUAUUGGCACUACCCACAUACAUACAUACAUACAUACAUACAUACAUACACACACACACACACACACACACACAAUCAAACCACAUGGCUGGGUGUAGUGACAACAAUAAUCACAGCUACUCAAGAGACUGAGGCUUCAGGACGAUCAAAUGAGUCCAGUUCAAGCCAGAAGAAAAGUGAAUGGAAAGAGAAGGGAAAUGGAGAAAGAACAAGGAAGGGAGAGGAGGAAAAAUCAGCCCAAUAGUGGCAUAUGCUAGAAUCCCAGCUAAGGGACUGCAAGCAAGACCAAUCUCUAAAUCAGUAUGACCAGACUAUAUUAGCUCCACUUUAAACACAAAGGGAAGAAAUAAUAAAAAUGCUGCAAACAUAUCAGAUACUAAUCAAAAGGAAAGAAUCAAGUUUAUCUGUUUCUGUCAAAUAAAACAGGCUUUAGAAGGAGAAAUGCCAUCAGACACCAGAACAUGAUAAAAGGGUCAAUUUGGGAAGGCCUAACAAUCCAAAACUGUCUGCCCUUAACAGGAACUUCCAGACACUUGGAGCAGGAACAUAUAUAAAGAAACCAGCUCCAAUUUUCUGACAUUUCAAUUCUCAUUCAGUAACAGAACCUAAAGAGCAUUCAAACUCAGUACAUUUACAGCACAUAUGAGCCAUUCUUGUACUUGACCUAACAUACAGAACAUUCUACCCAGCAAUGCUUCAGAUUGUUGCUCAUUUGCUGCUACAAUACUCAUCAAACAAAACUUAGGGACCUUAAACCCCAACAUAUUUAAAAAACUAUUAAACUCAAAGGGUUGGUGUUGGAUCUCCCAACAUCCUGCUAUGGCCCCCACAUGCACACACAGAGCUUAUACCUACAAACUCAAGUCCACCAUACACAAAAGAACAAUUUUAACAAUAAACCAUAAUAAAACUUACUUAAAAUAUGUGAACCAGGUCUCUGCCAUGUAUCUAGCCCCACACUCCUUGGAGUAUGAGGCAGGAACAUCACUUUAACAGAAUAAUUUUAAACCAGCCUACAUACAGCACAGCCAAGCCUUAUCUCAAAACAAGAGGGGAAAAAGACACAAAUAACCACACGUGCUGGGUGUUUGUGGCACACACCUUUAAUCCCAGCACUCGGGAGGCUGAGGCAGGUGGAUCUCUGUGAGUUUGAGGCCAGCCUGGUAUAUAGUAAGAGUGCCAGGAUAGGCUCCAAAGCUACACAAAGAAACCCUGUCUCGAAAAGCCAAAAAAAAUAAAAUAAAAACAAAUAACCACACAUAUGAAUUGCUUAUUUCCAGACUUUUCCAUGUUUUAUUUCCAGAUCAUAGUUGUCCCUAAUUCAACCUAUGCAAAGUGAAGCUGCAAAAGGAGACUCCGUAACAGUGUAAAAAUGACAGUUUACCUUUUUUGUUUUAUGUUUAAAUUAUAUGUAUAUGUAUGUGUCUGUGUUUGGGUGUGUGCCCAUGAGUGCAAGUGCUGACAGAGGCCAGAAAGGGCACUGGGUCCCCCGGAGCUGGAGUUACAGAUGGUUUUGAAUCACCCAACAUGGAUUCUGGGAACUGAAUUCAGGUCCUCAGCAAGAACACUACACAGCUCGAGGACCUGAGUGUGGAUCCCCAGGGGGGGGUUCUUAAAAACUGAGCAGGUAUGGCAGCCUACCUGAAAUCCUAAGGCCCAGAAUGUGGGACCAGAGAACCCCUGACAAGCUGGCCAGCUAGAAAAACUGAAUUGGCAAGUUCUCAAUUCAGAGAGAGAGAUUGUAUCAGUAAGUUAACUAGCGAGCAAUCGAGGAAGACACCUAAUGUUAACCACCGACCUCCACCAGCAUGUGUACACAGUGCAUGUAAAGGGGUGUAUGUGCUUGCACAAAGAGUUCCCACUAAUGGAAACAACUGCUUCUUUAGGCACAUGUUUGGCUUCAGGUCUGAGGAGGAAGUGUACACGAUGUACUUGAGGGAUCUCAGAACAGAAAGCUAUUCAAAACUGGGACCAUUUCAAAAGCCUAACCCUAGCUAGUUGAUUGAAAAACCAUUGGAUAGAAUGAAUAAAUUAGCCUGGCUCCCAUUCUUGGAGCUGCCAAUUUGGUUUUGGUCACAAUUAAAAAGUGGAGAAAUGGCUAGAAUAAUGGCUCAGCAGUUAAGAGCACUGAAAUCUUCCAGGUCUUGAGUUCAAUUCCUAGCACCCACAUGUUGGUUUACAACUGUUUAUAACUGUAGUCCCGUGAGAUUUGACCUCUUCUGGUUUGCAGACAUGCAUGCAGACAAAAUACCUAUAUACAUAAAUAAAUCUUUUAAAAGGGGAGGAGGUUGUAGGGAAGCCACCUGUCCUUCUGGAGUCAUACAGUCUUCUCCAAGCUCCUGUUGCUAGGAUGGAGGCACAUUUCCCAGCCCCAUCCCUCUCCCACAGCUUUGGGUGGGUGGUUAGGUAUUUUCUAGUACUUUCUCCCUCCACACUUCUUCCAUCACCAGACCUUCCUCCCUGCUAUAACCUACACUCUAGAUGCCAAGGUAUGUUACUAGAGGGUGCCAGCUCUGUCCCUAGAUAGCCAGCAAUUUGUUGUUUGCUCACCUGUGACCUUAUCUAAGAUCAACACCUGUACCUCCUGCCUCCAGAAGCUUCCAGGGACCAAGUAGACAAGCUCUUAUCUCAGCCAAUGCCUGAUCACCAUGCAUAGGCUUUCUGUCCUCCCAGACUGGAGGGCUGCAGGUGCUUCUUCACCACCUCCAUAUUCAGCCCCUCUGGGCCCCAGGGCCAAAUGGUUUCUAAGUUCAGGUGGGUGACAGGGCUAUGAAGGUGCCUGGUAAUAUAGUUAUGUGCGGCUAGGACUAAACAUAGGAUUUCAGCUACCCCUGCCAGAUGGUCUUUUACUUAGAGAAGGUACAACGCAGCCCAUGCCUCACCUGUCACUAGAAUUCCCAAAGGGCCCAAUCUCCCCCAAGACUAUCUAGUAGUUCAGGAUGUCAUGGGGCCCUGAAUCAUUUAUUCUGUUAUCAAGGCCCCUUUAACUGGACAUCCACCCAGAGUGGCCAUGUCGAUGCAAUGUCACUAUCACUGUGGCAGCAGGGACAGGUCAGAAAGCAGUGUGUCUGGAAUCAGAAGCCUGUACUGCCCCAGGUAGAGAUCUAUAGGCUCCAGCCCUCAAGACAUCCUAUUUUUCUUUUUUAUUUUGUUUUCCAAGACAAGGUUUCUCUGUGUAGCCUUGGCUGUCCUGGAACUCUAUAGAUCAGGCUGGCCUUGAAUUCAGAGAUCUACUUGCCUCCAACUCCCAAGUGCUAGAAUGAAAGGCAUGCACCAACCCAGCCCUAUUUUUCUUAAGAGCAUUACUGAAGAGUAUCCAACUACAUGAAGUCCUCUAGAAGUUGCAAGUCCUAGGGCCAACAGAAUUUGGCAUGUAUAUCACAACCAUGGGUAUGGUUCAACACAGCUGCCUCCUGCGGGCCACAUUAUCAGUUAUAACGUAUUCCCACUCUGUCCUCAAAGAACUAGCAGGCAAGGGGAAGGGAUCUUUGUGGGAAAGUUUCCUAGAACUCUCCCCAGUCAAAGCUAUAUUGCAGGACUCCUAUCACCAGGUCCAUCUCAUCUGCUCCUCCACAAUGGGCAUCCCUUGUCCUAGGGCCUUGAUACCAGACAGAGGACAGAGAGGCAAGCUGCCAGGUUAGCAAACACCAGAUGAGGCUGGGGUAUGGCUCAGUGGAAAAUGCCUACCAAGUACAAGGCCCUGGAAACUAUGCCUAAAAGUUCAAAACAAAAACAAAAGACCAAACAGUUGUCUUUUUACCACACAGAACACCAAUAAAGCAUGGCCACCAGGUGAGCAUUCCCCCUUACUCACUCCCUAGGGAAGACAGUUCAGCCCAUCUUGGGGAACACCCCAAAAUCAGGCUUCUAUGUGGAAGCUAUAAAAGCACAGUAGCAGGGCAAAGCUGAACAAAAUCUUAAAGCUCUCCUGGUGGCAAUAUCAUCUCACAUGGAAGGGGACAAGCCAAGGUCACACCAUAAUUAAGCCAGACCUCAGAGCUGCCAACACUCUAGCAGAGCCAGACCCACAUGGGUACCACAGAGACAUCAGGAGCUGUUGUCCCAACAGAAGCUAACUGCGUAUGAUACCUCUCAGAGCACCUGACUGCUACUGUUGUUCUUCAACAGUGGGGAGGGAGUAGAAUAUUAGUUCCCAAGGAAUGCAAUACUGCCCACACAAAGUAGACAGCCUCAAAGAUAAGGCUGUUAGAUCUGAACAAACACAAGGCUUCCUAUAUAAGGAGCAGUCAGGCAGCAGGCACCACAACCUCAGAGGCAUUCCAGGUAGGCUGUGUUGUGUGUUUGUGUAUGUGUGUAUGUGUAUGCACAACUGUAUGUGCUCAUAGGGGUCUAAAUUACUCACUACUGGCCAUUUACUUACUUUCUCUGGGUGUCAGUGAGCUCACUGAACAAAAGGGACAGUGGACAACCUACGUUUAGUCUGGCUGCUGAGAAAAAGCUGAAUAAAGAACUAAUUAGCUCCAUCAUCAGGCUCCUGGGGGCUCAGGACAAAUGACACUGGGAUGAACACCACAGCCUUCUAGUUUAGAAAAGACAGAGUUCAGCCUUCAGCUCUCCCACCCUUUUAAGACAAGAGAGUCUUGCUUCACUCAGCAGUCUCCACUCCAGGUUCUACCCUUCUUGAAGUUUCUUGGGUUCCAACCUAAACAAAAUCUAAGGCGUAUCAUAGAGAUAGGUAUGCUGCCAGAAGACUCUCUUUUCUCAGGGCAACCUGUACCCACCACCAAGGCCAUGCUGUCUUCAGGGACCAUCUGCAGUCUGCUGCUACUCAGUGUGCUCUGGAUGGAUGUGGCCAUGACAGGCUCCAGCUUCCUGAGCCCAGAGCACCAGAAAGCCCAGCAGAGAAAGGAAUCCAAGAAGCCACAGGCCAAACUGCAGCCACGAUCUCUGGAAGGCUGGCUCCACCCCGAGGGCAGAGGACAGGCAGAAGGGACAGAGGAGGAACUGGAGAUCAGGUUCAACGCUCCCUUUGACGUUGGUAUCAAGCUGUCAGGAGCUCAGUACCAGCAGCAUGGCCAGGCCCUGGGGAAGUUCCUUCAAGACAUCCUCUGGGAAGAGGUCAAAGGUUGUUUUUGGUCAAUGUUUCAACACAGCAACAGAAAGCAGCACAUAGAAUACCAUGUUACCAAGCUGAGAGGACGCUAUAGCCUCCUGCAUCACUCAAGCCAAUCUAAAUAAGCAAGGUUCAAGAGCACUUUUCAAAGAUAAAGCCACCUAGAAGAACUCACUGCUAAGUGCUGGACUACACAACCUAAUCCUUCUGGACCAAGAACAGGGUCAGCACCAACUCCAGGACCUUAAGUGACCCAACCUUUACAAGGAACCACAGAGAUGAGAACAAAGCCACCAAUUUAGAACAUGCACUGCUCAAAUGAAGGGUCCUAAAAAACAAACAGGACAAAGAAAGCAGCCAAGAGAGAAUAAUCACACCUAGAUUCUAGGCUGCUUGCUCAACGCUAGCAAUCCAACAUGGCCAAAGCUCCUGGCAAGCUUUGGGGAAUGGCAGCAUGGGUGGGGGACACAGGGAGACUGACAAGUGUGAAAGAAGAGAAAUAUUCUGUGUUUUAUGAAACAAGAUACAAAAAGGGGCCCAGAUGCUCAGCUACCUGACAAAGGGGCGUUACCAAAGGAGGACCCCUUACAUCCUCUGGGGUUCAUCUAUCACAGGAAGACCUCUUUCUUUAGUACUCAUAGGACACAUCAUUACACAGUAGUGGGAUCAUAAAGACCAGCACCACAGAGACACAGAACCAGUAGCAACCAUGGAAGAAUCAUGUAAGGUUACACC